AUGCAGUACAGCACUCUCGCACUCCUUGCCUCCGCCACUCUGGCGGGUGCUGUCAACCAGAUCACCUUCAUGUCCAUGGACGAGACCGACCGCACCGUCCACUUCACCCCCAACUCGGGCCUCGCCUCGGUGGACUCAACCGAUGUCCCCGCUGGUCAGAACGUCACUGUCACCAUCCCCGACUCUUGGAUUGGCAACUACUACGCCGUCUCCUCUGGCUCUGAGAACUCGCCUGGCAUGCUUGGUGAGGUCAACUUCAACAGCUGGGGUGGCCUGACCUACUUUGACGUGUCAGCCAUCGUCGACGAGAACGACCACAGCGGCGUCUACAUGAUGUACCCCGCAGACACUGAGUCUCCCGUGUCCGGCUGCACAAACUUCCUGUGCGACACACUUUACCGCCUCCCCGAUGAUAUCCAGACCAAGGCCACGACAAGCACCCACCUGAUCACCACCCUCGGCGCUGGCAACCAAGUCGUGUACAAGGCUGCCCUGGCCACUCGGGAUCUUGAGCAGCACGUCUACCCUCGUGCUGCCGUCACCGACGCCAACUGGACCCCCGCACGCCUGCACUCGCGACAGUUCAGGAUCUAA